AAUGUUGAAUUAAGACAAUAAAUAAAUAAAAUAUAUAUCUUAACCAUAUUUAAACUAAAUAAAAAGUUAUUAAUCAUGUUUGCUGUUCGGUCUUUAUUUAGAACUUUAAGCACCAAAAAUUAUUGUACAAAUGCACUUGUAAAUGAUCCAUUAUUAACCAGAAGUCUUGACUUUCCACCCAUCUACCAAAAACCUAGGCAAGUUUGGGUAGAAAAUAUUGAUACACCUGAAGAAAAGAAAUUAUCUAUAAUAGACUUACACCCAGAUGUAUUUGGAUUUUCACCAAGAAUUGACAUUAUUCACCAAAAUAUUACUUGGCAAAGAAAAUACCGCUAUGUUUCAUUUGCUCACACCAAAACAAGAGCAGAAGUUAGAGGUGGUGGUAGAAAACCAUGGCCUCAGAAAGGAAUGGGUAAGGCUAGACAUGGAUCAAUUAGAUCACCAUUGUGGAGAGGGGGUGGUAUUGCCCAUGGUCCUCGAUCACCUACAACACAUUUUUAUAUGCUUCCAUUUUUCACAAGAGUUUUAGGAUUAACAUCAACGCUAUCAGUUAAAUUAGCACAGGACGACCUGCAUGUUGUAGAUAGCUUAGAUAUUCCUUCUGAAGAUCCAACAUUCAUUAAGGAUUUAAUAGAAGCAAGGAAUUGGGGACCUUCCGUACUAAUUGUUGAUAAUACUGAUUUAAUGCCAAGGAACAUCACAAUGGCAACAGACACAAUUAAGCAUGUGAAUUUGAUGCCUGUGUACGGUUUGAAUUGUUAUUCAAUGCUGAAACAUGAAACUUUAGUACUAACAACUGCAGCUGUUGAAAAGAUAGAAGAGAAAAUAUUGCAUCACUUACAUAGGCCUGACGCUAAAUCAAUAUGUGCUAAAUUUAAAUUGAAUCAACAGUAAAUUAAUAAACUGUAAAAUUGUUUACAGUUAAUAAUACAAGAAUUUAUGUACAUAAU